AUCGUGCUUUCCGUACUAUUCGCAGAUCCGACUCUCACGCUGACAACAAUAACCAAUCAACCACAUGGUUUGGUUAUAUUUUCAUUUCUGGAAGAAUUGGUGAUUGACGCCUAAGAGGAAGUCAUCUGUAUUUACUCUUUCAACCAUAUCGACUAUACUUUAUUAUAGGAUCGUAGAAAUAUUAACGCGAUGGAUCUCUUUGUAGUUGAAAGAUAUGGAGGCGAUGAACAAGAGUCCCAGUCCGAUACACACAACACGAAGACAAGUCAUCUAGAACGACUCCUCUCUAAAAUUGAAAACAAAAAGCAACAAGCCGCACAACUUGCAAAAGACGAAGAAGAAAGAAAGCAACGAAAGGAAAGGAAAAAACAGAAGCUGAAGACUAUCAAACAUGAAAAGCCAUCUGUUGAUAAAAAGAAAUCAAUUAAGACCCAACGCCAAGAGAAGAAGAGCAAGUUUAACAAAGAGUCUUCACUAGAAGUUGGUGGAAAAUUUACUGUCCUUGGAAGUGAUUCUUUAGGAAGUAAAAAAGUAAAGGUUAAAGCUCAGUUGCCUUAUUGGCUUGCCAACCCAUCAGUAGUAUCUGUGGAUCUGAAAAAUCUUACAGUUACAGUAGAUGAUAUUCCACAAUUAAAUAGAGAUCUAAUAGAAAAACUUAAACAAAACGGAAUUGUAAACUUUUUUCCAGUUCAGCAUCAAGUGAUACCAUGGUUGCUAGAAGCACAGAGUAAACCACCUCAAUUUUGGCCCAGGGAUAUUUGUGUCUCAGCACCAACGGGAAGUGGUAAAACCUUUGCGUUUGUUUUGCCAAUAAUCCAGGCUCUCCGCAACCGUCUCAUACCGCAUAUCAGAGCUCUUGUUGUUCUACCAGUUCAAGAGCUUGCCACACAAGUGUACAAAGUUUUCCUUGAUUACAUUGGUGUAACAACUCUUAAAGCUGUUUGUAUUACAGGGAAGGAAUCCUUUCAACAAGAGCAGUCUCAGCUUGUCCGUUAUUCGGAGGCUGAUGGGAAAUUUCACAGUUGUGUUGAUAUUGUUGUGACAACUCCUGGACGGUUGGUCGAUCACUUGCAAUCUACAGUUGGGUUCUCAUUAUGUCAUCUUAAGUAUCUUGUGAUUGAUGAAGCUGACCGUGUUAUGGAAUCAAUGCAAAAUGACUGGCUGUAUCAUCUAGAUAGACACAUCAGUUCAGAUAACAGCAGGAGAGUUCCACCUCUUACUAUUAGAGAUAUAAGUACUCGUCACCCACCUCCUCAGAAACUACUGUUCUCGGCAACUUUAAGUCAAGAUCCAGAGAAGCUUCAACAACUUGGCCUCUUCCAGCCAAGGCUUUUCACAUCUGUCAUUAAUGGAACAACCCCAGAAGAGAGCUCUUCCUCAGAAUUUAUUGGAAAAUUCACCACUCCAGCUGAGCUCACAGAGUUGUGGGUAGCUUGUGAGCUAGCAGUCAAGCCUCUGUAUCUUUAUGACCUUUUAACUGAAGGAAGCUGGAAUACUGUUCUUGUGUUCACUAAUACUACUGAAGGCGUUCAUAGACUUGCUAUUCUGUUGAAACAUAUGUUUAAAGAUAAGAAAAGUGUAUCUGAAGUUUCAUCAGCACUUCAACCCAAACAAAGGACAAAAAUUUUUGAGUGUUUUGCUUCAGGUACCAUAAAUGUGUUGGUGUGUUCAGAUGCACUUGCAAGAGGUAUUGAUGUCCCAAAUAUUGAUUGUGUUAUCUCCUAUGAUGCUCCUAAGUUCAUUAAGAACUACAUUCACAGAGUGGGAAGAACUGGUCGCGCUGGUCGUAAUGGCACAGCCAUCACUUUAGUCGAAAAUCGACAGAUGAAAAAGUUUGAGAAUAUGCUGAGUCAAGCAGGAAAACAGAGCAUGGUAAAAGAGAAAGAAGUUGAUCCUUCCAAAUUUGAAGCCUUUGAGGAUGACUACAAGUCUGCUUUGACAGCUUUAAAAACAGAAUUAGAGCGGGAAGAGGAAGUAAGAAAGCAAAUUCGCAAGAAACCAAAGAAAUACUUGCAAUUUAAGAAGAAAAACCUGCAAAGCGUCUCUAAGCCAUCUGCAACCUUAACAAAUCUAAAGACGAUGUCAAAGAAACUGAAACAACUAGCAAAAGAAAAGAAAAUAUGAUUAUUAAUUAUUUUUCAAUGUAAAAUUUCUAGCUGUUUAAAAACCUUUCUUGAAACCA